UUUCCAGCCAUCACUCUUCAAUUCGCCAGGGGAUCGCCACAGCUUGUUCGUUCAUUAUGGCGCCGUCUUCGUCUACACCCCGUUGGCUGCUACUGCUGAGCGCUUUCCUUGCCGCCCCCGCCAUGGCAAACAGCGACAGCGACGACGACAGCGUGGACUACGUGCGAUGUACGUCCUUCGACCAGUGCUGCGAGAUGUGGGGCGAACACUCCAAGCGGUGCGAGCGCGGGCCAUGCACUAGCAAUUGGAUCAUGCGCAAGUUCUUCUCGCUCAGUAUGCCGCUCGACAGUAUCACGUUCUGGGAUAUCAUCUGCACGAUCUACAGUAUGGUGCCGUACCUGGUGCUCAUCGCCAUCAUUGUCGAGGCGUUGCUACGCUCGCGCCGCUACACGCGCGUGUUCGCUAUCCUGCUGCCGAUCAUCCUCACGGUACUCAACACUGUCAUCCUGGUGAAGAUACUGGGUGACUGCGACGAAUGUCCGCGCCCUGCAGGCUCGUGUCUCGUCAGCAACGGGCUGCCAUCGGGACACGCCACGAACGCCAUCGGCCUGUGGACCUGGGUAGUCCUCGAGACAAUCGUGGGCGUCGGAGAGCGUGUGCGUCGCUGGUCGGCCGGUCGCAAGGCCGUUGCGGUGUUUUUCGCCACGCUCGUGUUGACGCCCGUGCCCUACAGCCGCUACUACCUCGGCGACCACACGGCUCUACAGGUCGCGGUUGGAUCAGCCGACGGACUGGUGCUGGGAGUUGCCUACUUCUUCUUCAUCCGAUGGCAAGGCAUGCAUCGUGCCAUCGACGCACUCGCUCGUGUCGUGGGUCGCUACAUUAAGUUCGAGAUCAAGGACGACUUCUACCUGACCCCCAACCAGCUGACGGAGGCACCGAGGGACGACGGCACUAUUGCGGACGACAGCAGUGAAAGUGAAAACGCUGGAGCCAACCCGAGCCACACGGUGGAAAAGGAGCUCCAAACGCCUUAUGUGCAGGCGUAAUGCCCCACCUAAUACAAAUAGACAAGGUAGAAUAACGCAAAACAAGUUUCAUGUUCCAACUCCAGCCU